CUGGUGAUUCUUCCAGAAAACUUUCAUACUUGAGUGGCAUAAACCAUAGGAUUUGAACGAUAAAUUAAAAGACUGAGUGACAACUUAUACAUGCAAGAUAUAUGACCAUGGGCUGUGGCUUUCUUAGGAUAAAUACCAGAUUAUGAAAACCUGACUUAGAUGUGAUAUUCAUCAUGACACCAGCGAUGUCUUUUUACAAAUUGGCUGCCAUUUUCUCACUUGGGGCAUCAUGGGUUUCAUCUGUAGAGAUCGUAAAUACAUUUCAAACAUAUGACCCAUCAGUGACGUUUAAUCACAUGGCAAUUGAUGAGAACACUGGGAAGGUAUACAUAGGUGGCAUUAAUAGGCUAUACCAGCUCCAGAAUGAUUUAUCGCUGGAAGUUGACAUUGUGACAGGUCCUGAGCUUGACAAUCCACAGUGCCAACCCCAUGUGACAUCAUGUGCCUCUUCAAAGUUUUUAACAAACAACCACAAUAAAGUUUUAGUUAUUGAUGAAACUAACAAUCAACUUAUAACUUGUGGGAGUAUAUUCCAAGGAACCUGCCAGGUGCGCAGUCUUGGAAAUAUCACAGAUUCAACAGCGUAUCUCUCUAAAGAUGAGUAUUACAUUGCGGCCAAUAAUGCGACUUUGUCAACUGUAGCUUAUGUGGUUCCUGGACCAGAUUCCAGAACGUAUCUAAAUGUUGCGUCAAGUUUUGUGAAAUUAACCAAGGAUGUAGUGUUCAGAGAUGAAGUUCCUGCUGUUAGUACUAGAAUACUAGAUAUAUCAGGAAGAUAUAUGUUUAACUACGCACACUUAGUGGAAGUCAGAAAUCUUGGGUCUCGGAUAUUUAUGGACAAAAGUGUACGAGAUACGUUCAUAGUACAUUAUGUAACAGGAUUCGCUACUGAUAAACAUAACUAUUUCUUAUCUGUACAGAAAGAAUCCACAGACAUUAACGCAAAGUAUGUUUCUAAAUUGAUACGACUCUGUCAAAAUGAUGAUUAUUAUAGAUCAUAUACUGAGAUACCCAUUGAGUGUGGCGAUUACAAUCAAGUCCAGGAUGCCCAUUUUGUUAAGCCAGGGUCAACCCUUGCCAGAAAUAUGAACAUUUCUAGUGAUGAUAAUAUCUUAGUGGGUGUGUUUGCAAAAGGGAAUGGCCCAUUUAGUGUGACAUCAUCAGUGGCUGUUUGUUUUUACUCCCUAAGUGAAAUUACAAGCAAGUACACCUUCAAUAUACAACGUUGCUACCAGGGAUCUGGGGAACGUGGAAAAAAGAUCCUACCAGCUGUAGAUGGAUGUUUGAUUGAAGCUAGCACAUCUGUGACUGAUGAUUUCUGUGGAGAUGGUACAAACUCACCAAUAGGUGGAACCACUGCCAUUCGAUCUGAACCUACACACAUAGAUGCCAAUCUUACUUCAGUAACUGUUACUACAUCAGCUACGCACACCAUUGCCCAUCUUGGUACAAAAGAUGGGCAUCUAAAAAGAGUGUUACUGACAAAUGCAGGUGAGGCUGUGGAAUAUGCUGACAUCUCGGUUGACUCUGGUUACCCUGUCAGCCAAGACAUGAAGACAGAUCCUGAUGUAGAAAACAUUUAUGUGAUGACACAGCACAGGGUGAGCAAAGUUGCCUUGGAAACAUGUAGGGAGCAUACAACAUGUGAUAGUUGCUUGGCAACUAAGGACCCUCAUUGUGGAUGGUGCUCUCUUGAAAACAAGUGUUCUACAAAGGCUGAUUGUGCUGCAAGUGCAACAGAUCUGAGGUGGUUGGGAUAUGGUACAGACAUGUGUCUAAAGAUACAGUCCAAAUCUAAAGAUCAGACACCAGUAGAAAUACAAACAACGAUUGAUUUUUCAAUAAGUCAGUUGCCAGCCAAUCAGGAGUAUUCCUGUGUAUUUGGAGAUGAGAAUGAGGGCCCUGUUGCUAUGGCAGCCACUGUGACAUCAUCAGGCUUGCAAUGUCAAACGCCACCAACUGCAGAACUGCCAUCUGUCUCAAACACAACGGAUCACAUACUUCUAUCCCUGUACAUCAGAUCAGAGACAACCGAAAUUGCCUUUCUUAAGACACACUUUACAUUUUUCAACUGUGGAGUUCAUACAAGUUGUUCUUCCUGCGUAACUAGAAGAUGGGCAUGUGACUGGUGUAUCAAUGACAACAAGUGUAGGAGUAAUCAGAAAUCGUAUUUGUGCCAAGUUGAUGUUGUUAAAAGUAAAGAGGAUGAUAUGUGUCCACGUCUAGAGCCAUUCAAGGACCCGUUACUCCUCCAUAAUGGCCAUAGACAGUCCAUCACCCUAGAAGGAAACUACCUACCUGAACCUUUGGAUAACCAGGGAGGUUAUGAGUGUCUUGUACAUAUUGACCCUGAUGUCCCCGUGAGAGUCCCAGCCACAAGACGCAAUGAAAAAGAGCUGCAAUGCCACGCAAAUGCUUACACCUACCCAGAGAAUGUUGGGGAAAGGGCAGUUGAGAUAAGUGUGGUUUGGAAUGGCAACCAUGUUAUAGAUAGGCCACCUAACUAUCAAGGAGAAAUCUACAAGUGUGAUUUGCUAGGACCAGAUUGUAGUAUAUGUCUCAGCCUGCAACACAAUCCUACUCCCAAGUAUAAGUGCUCCUGGUGUGACGGUUCAUGUCAUUAUAAUGCUACAUGUGUAAAUCCACCCCUAGAUCAAUGCCCCCUCCCAAUUUUGAAUAGUGUAUAUCCUCUAUCAAGCCCAAAAGAGGGUGGCACUGAGAUUACAAUUCUCGGAACAAAUCUUGGAUCUAGAUUUUCUGACGUUGAAAACUCUGUAGUGAUUGCUGGGAAACCUUGCAUCGUCCUUGAGGAAAAAUAUGAAAUAUCAAAAAAGAUUGUAUGCAGAACUGGCAGUGCUCAGGUGAAGUCUGGUACUGUGAAAGUUUCAAUAGGUGGCAACACUGUCACAUGGCCCAAAUUCCACUAUAAGGAUCCCAAGAUUUUGAAUGUGCUGCCAUCUAAAGGUCCAAAGUCUGGAGGCUCUAAGAUCACAAUCACUGGGAAUGACUUUGACACUGGCAACUCUGUACAUGUCAAUAUUAAAGGAGUAGCCUGCCCUAUUGUAAGGGGGACCCUUGAAGCCAACAGAUUGGUGUGUCUCACUGGCAGAGUCCCAGUGGCCGCAACAAAGAAAGAAUAUGUUUGGAUGACGUUUGAUGAGCAGACCCCUCGUACUAGUGAACGACCAGCCUUUAUGUAUACAGAAGACCCUGUGGUCACACUUAUUUCUCCAUUGGUCUCUUUUGCAAGUGGAGGAAGGAUGAUAACAGUAACUGGAAGUAGUCUAAGCUCUGUUCAGUACCCAGAGAUGUUCAUUGUAUCGAAUGGAAGGCGCUCAAACACAACAGUCUGCUCCAUAUUGGCUGACACUAAGAUGAAAUGCCCAACGCCAGAGGCCCCACAAGACAUACAAUCAUCCCUCCUGAAGGCACCUAUCGCUAGAGAUAGGAGACAAACAACACCAAAUAUGGUAGAGGUCGGGUUUAUCAUGGAUGGAGUAUUAAAUGUUCAGAAUUUGACACAAAACUUUCCCGAUGUUGAUGCAACCAUUGAGUAUGUGAUCGAUCCAAAAUAUGACCAGUUCGUUGACAAUAAGAAGGUGCACAAAGGUUCCUCCCUAAUAUUAGAGGGCAAUAAUCUUAACAUUGGGUGUACAAAGGAUGACGUACAUGUUAAAAUAGGCAAAAGUGACUGUGAUGUGACGUCAUUAGCACUGUCCCAGCUCGUAUGUACACCCCCUGAGACACAACCUCUGGCCAUUGAUGAAGAUGGCAAAGAAAUACCCGAUAAACUACCUGAAGUCACUGUGUAUGUUGGCAACCUUAUAUUCAAGUUAGGUGAACUGGAGUAUGAAAUCCUACUGCCAUAUACUUUCCCCCUUGAGGCCAUCAUUGGUAUAUGCACUGGCGGGGGCUUCUUGAUCCUUGUUAUCAUUAUCAUUUGUGUUGUGUAUAUGCGUCACAAAAAUCGGGCAAAGCGGCAAUACAAGAAGAUUCAGAUCCAGCUUGAUACGCUAGAGAGUAACGUCCGUAAUGAGUGUAAACUUGCCUUUGCCGAGCUGCAAGCAGAUCUAUGCGCGUGUGAAAAUGAACCUUUAUUAGGGCGGCAAGCAUUUGCUGAGCUCCAAACUGAGAUGUCUGAUGUGACCAGUGAUUUGAGUUCCCAGGGCAUACCAUACUGGGACUAUAAGACAUACACUAUGAAGAUACUAUUCCCAGGUCAAGUUGAGGCACCUCUGCAGUUUAAACCUGAUGGACGUCAGAGCAAGGUCAUCAACUUUGAGCAUGGCAUGCAUCAAUUUUCCCAACUACUGUGCAACAAACAUUUCCUUAAACUUUUUAUACGCACCCUGGAGGCCCAGAAAACAUUCAGUAUUAGAGACAAGGCAAAUGUUGCAUCUUAUCUGAUGAUCUUUAUGCAGGAUAAGAUGGAAUAUGCCACUGAGGUUCUUAAAGAACUGAUGGAAGAGUUGAUUAAGAAAAAUUUAGAGAAAAAACAGAAUCCUAAGUUGAUGUUGAGACGUACCGAGUCUGUAGUUGAAAAGUUGCUAACAAACUGGUUGUCACUCUGUAUGUACAAUUAUCUAAAGGACUAUGCAGGUACCAGUUUCUUCAUGCUGUACAAAUCAAUAAAACAACAAACAGAAAAAGGUCCCAUAGAUGCACUAACAAGUGAUGCAAGAUACUCCCUCUCAGAGGACAAACUCCUGAAGGAGAAAAUGGAGUAUAAAACCACAACUGUGAACCUAGUCUUAGAGCCAACAACUGAUGUGCUACCAGUGAAGCUACUUGACUGCGACACUGUCUCACAAGCCAAGGAGAAACUCCUAGAUGCGGCCUAUAGAAACACGCCACUCUCACAUCGGCCAAAUAUAUUUGAUGUAGAACUAGAAUACCGCCAUGGGCAUGGUGGCCACCUUGUUUUACAGGAUGAAGAUCUCACAACUAAGAAUAUGGCCAACUGGAAAAAGAUCAACACUCUGGGUCAUUAUGAAAUUCCAGAAAAUGCAGUUGUUGCCCUUGUCAUGAAACAGGAAACAGGGUCCCCGCUCAAGGCAGUAAAUGGAAAUGUGGACAUUAGUCAGUUCUCAUACAGUUCCAUGUCUCCCACUUUACAAGGCAUGACAGAUGUCUCAGGUGCUAAGUUCUGGCAUAUGAUCAAGCAGUAUGAUGACAACCAGAACCAUAAAGAUAGAGACACUGGGACCAAGGUCAUCUCUGAGAUUUUCCUCACCAGACUCCUGUCGACAAAAGGUACCCUCCAGAAGUUCAUAGAUGAUAUGUUCGAUACAAUACUCAAUGCCAACAAGAUUCUUCCACUCGCUGUCAAGUAUUUAUUUGAUUACCUUGAUGAUGCUGCAGAGAGGCAUGGCCUUAACGACCCUGAUGUUGUUCACACUUGGAAAAGUAACAGUCUUCCAUUGCGAUUCUGGGUGAAUAUUAUCAAGAAUCCAGACUUUGUGUUUGAUGUUAACAAGACAACCAUAACGGACUCCUGUCUCUCAGUCAUUGCUCAGACAUUUAUGGACAGCUGUUCAACUACAGAACACAGGCUUGGAAAGGACUCACCAAGCAACAAGCUACUUUUUGCCAAAGACAUUCCAAGAUACAGAAAGCUGGUUGAGAAAUUCUUUGAAGAUGUGAAGUCAAUGCCCCAGGUCAGUGACCAGGAGAUGCAUGCAGCCAUGCAGGAGCUCUCUCGUUCUCAUCCCAAGGGAAUUGAAGUAAAUGCUGCCUUGAAAGAAUUACAUGCUUAUGUUUUACGAUUUAAUUAUGAGAUUCUGGAAGCCUUAGAUGAUGAUACUAAGGCAAACAAGUUGAAUUUGCGACAACGUCUCGAACAAGUCACCUCUGAUCUUGAUGAAACUCGAGUGUAGUUUUGAAACAGAGAGUAUAAUUGAGUAUAGUUGUGAAAAUGUGUGCAUAAUUAUGAGAAUCAUGUUGUGACAAAUGAGUGCAGAAUUCAGGCAACGUAUCAUGUUUAUAUCCAUAAUAUUAAGACAGUUCCAUUUACGAAUAACAUGAUUGGGCACUGAAAAGGAAAAUGUAAAAUAAUAUAGCCAUAUAAGGACAUUGCAGUAUUAACAAGUUGUCGUGUCGACUUGGAAUCACUAGCACAUGGUGAUAUACACUUACAUAUACUUAGUACACUCUAUAAUUGUACAUUACAAAAUACAGUUACAGUGUAAACUAGAGUGUAUUAGACAUACAAGUCUUAAAGGUUGAUCUGUAGAUUUUGUAGGGCCAUUUUUGUUAUAUGGACUUACACAUAAAGUAUAAAUGUUGAAUGAAUUCAGUGAUAAUGAUGCGUAGGUGAUGUAGUUGUAUGUACGAGUAUUAUUUCAUUAUGUGUAUACACGUGCAUCCUUGAAUAACUUUCAUCUGGACAGACUAUACACAUACCUGUAUACAUGACCUAUGGUUACAACUUAAAACUGGAAUAUAUCUUGCAGAAAAUAAGUUCUAUUUGUAUAUUGAGGAGAAAUCUACAAAAAUGCUCAAGACUUUGAUUAAGCAAUACUUUUUCAACACUUCAAGAACAGUUAUAAAAUGAUGUAAAGAUAUUUGUGAAAAAGCUUAUAGAUUCCACUCCCUACAGUCCAGUGCAUAGCCUGAUAACUUCAUCCUUUUCAAGAUGACACAUAUUUUUCUCAGGGUAUGCACUAGACUGUGAUAGAUAUUAAUGAAUUGUAUGUUUUAUAAUUUAAGUUUUGUGAUUACUGUAUGUGGUGUAAUAUGCUUACAAGCAUGUUUUAUAUAGAAAGAGAGAAUCAGAUCUAGCGAG